AUGGACCCUGUUAAUCGUGGUAGUGCGUGGAGAAGAGGUUUUAAUACUCCAAUAAAUUAUAACGACAAUGAAAAUUAUUGUGGCGGGUAUGUAGAAGGUCAAGAGUUUACAGCAAAUGUCACUCUAACAUCAAAUCAUCGAGGGUAUUUUGAAUUUUCUUUAUGCCCUCUGCUAUUGUCUAACAAUAACAGUAUUAAUAAUCUAUCGUCAGUAAUAGAAGAAACAGAGGAAUGCUUUCAACAAUAUCCUAUAUUAACUGUUGAAGGAAAAGAUAAAUAUAUUUUACCAAGCUCUGAAACUGGAAAUUAUCAAAUUAAACUUAUUCUUCCUAAAAAUAUUAUCUGUCAUCAUUGUUCUUUACGAUGGCAUUGGAGAGUAGCUAAUAAUUGGGGUAUUUGUGACGAUGUAACUGGUGGUGCAAUUGGAUGUGGACCUCAAGAAACUUUCAGAACUUGCUCCGACAUUACUAUUCUCAAAUUAUAA